UUCGCAAACUCGGAUACCCGUACAAACUGCACCCCGUAGCCACCCACGCCAAGCUUGUUUUGGGCGGCUGCAGGAUCCCCACCAGGCAGAGCUGCGCGUAGCGGAGGCCUGCUUUCCUGCCUUAGUGCAGGCGUCCAUUUGUGUUUGUUGGUUCAUCCCCUCUCUAACAAUUCAUUCAACCACCGAAAUAAUCUGUUGGCGUCCAGUUUUAUGUCAGGCGGAUUCUUUACCAGCAGAGCCACCAGGGAAGCCCUUCUGUUAGGAAGUCUUUCCCACUCCCACCGUGCUAGGAACCUAACUCAUCUUUCUAGCAAGGGACACCUGCAGAGAUGUCCUCCGUCCUUCACUUCUAUGUCCGCCCCUCUGGCCACGAGAGGGCAGCCUCUGAAUACAUUCAAAGGAAGCUGCAAAGGGAACUGCCAGAGCUGCAGGGUAUCAAGACCGAGCAGUGCUACAAUGUGAACUGGACAGCUGAGUCCUUCCCGAGCAACAAGGAGAUGAAGAAGCUGACAUGGCUAUUUGGCUGCCCCUUGUUACUAGACGAUGUUGCUAAGGAGUCCUGGCUCAAUCCUGGCCCCACAGACCUGCUGCUGGAGGUUGGACCCAGGCUGAACUUUUCCACCCCGACAUCCAGCAACAUCGUGUCAGUGUGCCAGGCUGCAGGGCUGGGGGCCGUGGACCGCGUGGAGCCAACCCGGCGCUACCUACUCUCGUUUGCCCACCCACCUUCAGCUGACCUGGAGGCCAUUGCCCUGGCUACCCUGCAAGACCGGAUGACGGAGCAGCGCUUCCCCCAGCCCAUCCAGAGCUUCUCUUCAGGGUGUAUCCCAGCACCCCUGAGCGGCCCAAUUGACAUACUGGCUGAGGGCCGGUCUGCCCUGGAGAAAGCCAACCAGGAGCUAGGUCUGGCCCUAGACUCCUGGGACCUGGAUUUCUACACCAAGCGCUUCCAGGAGCUGCAGCGCAACCCCAGCAUUGUGGAAGUCUUUGACUUGGCUCAGUCCAAUAGCGAGCACAGCCGACACUGGUUCUUCAAGGGUCGACUCCACGUGGAUGGACAGGAGCUCCCACACUCGCUGUUUGAGUCCAUCAUGAGCACCCAGGCAUCCUCCAACCCCAACAAUGUCCUCAAGUUCUGUGACAACAGCAGCGCCAUCCAGGGGAAGGAAGUCCGAUUCUUGCAGCCCAAGGACCCCACACGGCCAAGCUCCUUCCAGCAACGUCAGGGGCUGAGACAUGUUGUCUUCACAGCAGAGACACACAACUUCCCCACAGGAGUAGCCCCCUUCAGUGGUGCAACCACUGGCACAGGGGGCCGGAUCCGAGAUGUCCAGUGCACAGGCCGAGGGGCCCACGUGGUGGCUGGCACUGCUGGCUACUGCUUUGGAAACCUGCACAUCCCAGGUUACAGUAUGCCCUGGGAGGAUCCAAGCUUCCAGUAUCCAGGAAACUUUGCCCGACCCCUGGAGAUUGCCAUUGAGGCCAGUAACGGGGCUUCUGAUUACGGCAACAAGUUUGGGGAACCAGUGCUUGCUGGCUUUACCCGCUCCUUGGGCCUUCAGCUCCCGGACGGCCAGCGGCGUGAGUGGAUCAAGCCCAUCAUGUUUAGUGGAGGCAUUGGGUCCAUGGAAGCUGAGCAUGUGAGCAAGGAGCCCCCAGAGCCAGGCAUGGAUGUCGUGAAGGUGGGGGGUCCUGUCUACAGGAUUGGAGUUGGGGGCGGAGCUGCUUCGUCUGUGCAGGUACAGGGAGACAAUGCCAGCGACCUGGAUUUUGGGGCUGUGCAGCGGGGAGACCCGGAGAUGGAACAGAAGAUGAACCGUGUGAUCCGGGCUUGUGUGGAGGCCCCUGGGGGAAACCCCAUCUGCAGCCUUCAUGACCAGGGUGCUGGUGGCAAUGGUAAUGUCCUAAAGGAGCUAAGUGACCCAGCUGGAGCCAUCAUUCACACCAGCCGCUUCCAGCUGGGGGACCCAACCCUGAAUGCCCUGGAAAUCUGGGGGGCCGAGUACCAGGAGUCAAACGCGCUUCUGCUGAGGCCCUCUGACCGGGACUUCCUGAGUCGUGUCAGCGCCCGGGAACGCUGCCCAGUCUGCUUUGUGGGCACCAUCACUGGAGACAGGAGAAUAGUGCUGGUGGAUGAUCGGGAGUGGCCUACGGGCACAGGUGGUCAGGAGGAUGCGCCCCCCACUCCUCCCUCAACCCCUGUGGACCUGGACCUGGACUGGGUGCUGGGCAAGAUGUCCCGGAAGGAGUUCUUCCUCCAGCGGAGUCUCCCCUUGCUGCAGCCUCUGACUCUGCCCCCAGGGCUGAGCGUGCGCCAGGCCCUGGCGCGGGUCCUCAGGCUGCCUGCCGUGGCCAGCAAGCGCUACCUCACCAACAAGGUGGACCGUUCUGUGGGCGGCCUGGUGGCCCAGCAGCAGUGUGUGGGACCCCUGCAGACCCCUCUGGCAGAUGUGGCGGUUGUGGCACUGAGUCACCAGGAGCUUGUAGGGGCCGCCACAGCCCUGGGAGAGCAGCCAGUAAAGAGCCUGCUGGACCCCAAGGUUGCCGCCCGGCUGGCUGUGGCCGAAGCCCUCACCAACCUGGUGUUUGCUCUGGUCACCGACCUCCAGGAUGUGAAAUGCAGCGGGAACUGGAUGUGGGCAGCCAAGCUCCCAGGGGAGGGUGCAGCUCUGGCUGAUGCCUGUGAGGCUAUGGUGGCAGUGAUGGCGGCCCUGGGUGUAGCAGUGGACGGUGGCAAGGACUCCCUCAGCAUGGCUGCCCGGGUUGGCUCUGAAACCGUGCGGGCUCCUGGGUCACUGGUCAUCUCAGCCUAUGCUCUCUGCUCAGACAUUACAGCCACUGUGACCCCAGACCUCAAGCGUCCUGGAGGGAGAGGCCACCUGCUCUACGUGCCUCUGAGUCCUGGGCAGCACCGGCUGGGAGGCACGGCUCUGGCUCAGUGCUUCUCCCAGCUUGGCGAGCAGCCUCCUGACCUGGAUGUUCCCGAGAACUUGGUGCGAGCCUUCAACAUCACCCAGGGGCUGCUGAAAGACCGCCUUCUCUGCUCAGGUCAUGAUGUCAGUGAUGGAGGUCUCAUCACUUGCCUGCUAGAGAUGGCCUUUGCUGGGAAUUGUGGGAUAGAGGUGGACAUCCCUGCGCCUGGGGUCGAUGUGCUGCCGGUGCUGUUCACCGAGGAGCCAGGCCUGGUGCUGGAGGUGCAGGAGCCAGACCUGGCCCAAGUGCUUCUACGUUACCGGAAUGCUGGCCUCCAUUGCCUAGAGCUGGGCCUCACAGGUGACACGGGGCCCCACGCCACGGUCCGGGUGUCGGUGAACAGGACGGUGGUUCUGGAGGAACCUGUUGGGCAGCUACGAGCCCUCUGGGAGGAGACCAGUUUCCAGUUGGACCGGCUACAGGCAAAACCACACUGUGUGGCCCAGGAAGAGCUAGGGCUGAGGGAGCGGGCAGGGCCCACCUACUGCCUGCCGCCUACCUUUCCCAGAGCAUCCAUACCUUGCGAGCCUGGUGGUCCUGCCCCCCGAGUUGCCAUCAUUCGGGAAGAGGGCAGUAAUGGAGACCGGGAGAUGGCAGAUGCCUUCCACUUGGCUGGAUUCGAGGUGUGGGAUGUGACCAUGCAGGACCUGUGCUCUGGAGCCAUCGGGCUGGACACGUUCCGCGGCGUGGCCUUUGUGGGCGGCUUCAGCUACGCGGACGUCCUGGGCUCUGCCAAAGGCUGGGCAGCUGCUGUGACCUUUAACCCGCGGGCUGGGGCUGAGAUGAAGCGCUUCCGGCAGCGGCCAGACACCUUCAGCCUGGGCGUGUGUAACGGCUGUCAGCUGCUGGCCCUGCUGGGCUGGGUGGGAGGCGGUUCCAGUGAGGAGGCAGUGGAGAUGUGCCAGGAGUCCUGGCCGGCCCGGCCCGGCCUCCUGCUGCACCACAACCUGUCUGGGCGCUUUGAGUCUCGCUGGACCAGCGUGCGCGUGGGGCCCGGGCCAGCCCUGAUGCUGCGAGGGAUGGAGGGCGCGGUGCUGCCCGUGUGGAGCGCUCACGGGGAAGGUUACAUGGCAUUUUCUUCUCCAGAACUCCAAGCCCAGAUGGAGGCCAGGGGCUUGGCUCCACUGCACUGGGCAGAUGAUGACGGGAACCCCACGGAACAGUACCCCCUGAAUCCCAAUGGCUCCCCAGGGGGUGUCGCUGGUGUCUGCUCCCCUGAUGGCCGCCACUUGGCCCUCAUGCCUCACCCGGAGCGGUCUGUGAGGCCUUGGCAGUGGGCCUGGCGACCUCCUCCAUUUGACACUCUAACCACCUCCCCCUGGCUCCAGCUCUUCAUCAAUGCCCGGAACUGGACCCGGGAAGGCAGCUGCUAAGCAGGCCGGGAGGCCCCGUGGUUCGUACCCAGGGUAUCUUUAGAAGUACCUCAUCAGUUCAGUUCAGUUCAGUUCAGUCAUGUCCGACUCUUUGCAACCCCAUGAACUGCAGCACGCCAGGCCUCCCUGUCCAUCACCAACUCCUGGAGUUUACCCAAACUCAUGUCCAUUGAGUCGGUGAUGCCAUCUAACCAUCUCAUCCUCUGUUGUCCCCUUCUCCUCCUGCCCUCAGUCUUUCCCAACAUCAGGGCCUUUUCAGAUGAGUCAGCUCUUCGCAUCAGGUGGCCGAAGUAUUGGAGUUUAAGCUUCAACAUCAGUCCUUCCAAUGAACACCCAGGACUAAUUUCCUUUAGGAUGGACUGGUUGGAUCUCCUUGCAGUCUAAGGGACUCUCAAGAGUCUUCUCCAACACCACAGUUCAAAAGCAUCAAUUCUUCAGCGCUCAGCUUUCUUUAUAGUCCAACUCUCACAUCCAUACAUGACCACUGGAAAAACCAUAGCCUUGACUAGACGGACCUUUGUUGAUAAAGUAAUGUCUCUGCUUUUUUAUAUGCUGUGUAGGUUGGUCAUAACUUUCCUUCCAAGGAGUAAGUGUCUUUUGAUUUCAUGGCUGCAAUCACCACCUGCAGUGAUUUUGGAGCCCCAAAAAAUAAAGUCAGCCACUGUUUCCCCAUCUAUUUGCCAUGAAGUGAUGGGACCGGAUGCCAUGAUCUUAGUUUUCCGAAUGUUGAGCUUUAAGCCAACUUUUUCACUCUCCUCUUUCACUUGCAUCAAGAGGCUCUUUAGUUCUUCUUCACUUUCUGCCAUAAGGGUGGUGUCAUCUGCAUAUCUGAGGUUAUUGAUAUUUCUCCUGGCAAUCUUGAUUCCAGUUUAUGCUUCAUCCAGCCCAGCAUUUCUCAUGAUGUACUCUGCAUAUAAGUUAAAUAAGCAGGGUGACAAUAUACAGCCUUGACAUACUCCUUUUCCUAUUUGGAACCAGUCUGUUGUUCCAUGUCCAGUUCUAACUGUUGCUUCCUGACCGGCAUACAGGUUUCUCAAGAGGCAGGUCAGGUGGUCUGGUAUUCCCAUCUCUUUCAGAAUUUUCCACAGUUCAUUGUGAUCCACACAGUCAAAGGCUUUGGCAUAGUCAAUAAAGCAGAAAUAGAUGUUUUUCUGGAACUCUCCUGCUUUUUUGAUGAUCCAGCAGAUGUUGGCAAUUUGAUCUCUGGUUCCUCUGCCUUUCUAAAACCAGCUUGAACAUCUGGAAGUUCACUAUUCACGUAUUGCUGAAGCCUGGCUUGGAGAAUUUUGAGCAUUACUCUAAGCAUGUCAGAUGAGUGCAAUUGUGUGGUAGUUUGAGCAUUCUUUGGCAUUGCCUUUCUUAGGGAUUAGAAUGAAAACUGACCUUUUCUAGUCCUGUGGCCACUGCUGAGUUUUCCAAAUUUGCUGGCAUAUUGAAUGCAGCACUUUCACAGCAUCAGGUACCUCAUAUUCCCAAAUGUGUCUUGAACAGACAAGGACCAAAAUGCCAAAAAAAGACCUCAGCUAAUUUUAUUAAUCUGCCUCCCUUUGUCUUACGAUGUUGGAUCUGUUUUAGUCCUGUUCUUGGUGGGCCCAGGAAGCAUCAUGUGCUUCAGAGAAAGAGCCUAUCUGGGAAGUUAGGAUGCAUGCAGGCUGGGGGUUUCCAUUGCCCCACUUCACUGCACCACGUCACUCGUGUCACUUUUCUGGGGUUGGAGGGGAUAUCCUGUGUCCCAUCCCCCUAUCAUCAGGGUUUAAGGGGAUGGGGGUGGGCAAAAACAUACAAGUCAGGACCUAAGCAUUCUCAUCUGAAAGGCAGCUGAAGCUUUCUUUUUAAAUGGAUUCUUGAAAUGCAGCACUGUGCUAAGUGGUAACAGACUUUGGCAGCUUCUCUGACAGUGUUUCUUGCUGUAUCAGGGGUUGCCCUGGUGCAGCCUCUGAAUUCAGUAUUCCUGAUUUUUGCUUCUCCUAAUUUAGCAGCUCCCUUCCUGACAGAAAUGGUCAGCACUCUUAUCCCCCUGCACUGAGCCUUUAAUAUUCCUUCCUUCCUUCAUUCCAUUCAUGUUCAAUGAUUCGCAACAGUGCCACACACUGUCAGUGCUGCCAGGGACCUUAUAGUCCAACAGGAUCUGUAUGUGGUGUGUAUAUAUACACAACAGACUAUUAUAGCUGCAAGAAAGAAGGAAAUCCUGCCAUUUGCAACAUGGAUGGACCUCAAAGGCAUGAAACUAAGUGAAUAAGAGAAAGACAAGUACUGUAUGAUCUCACUUAUAUGUAGAAUCUAAAAGAAGUUGAACUCAUAGAAACAGACUAGAAUGGAGGGUGGGGGGAAAGGGAAUGUUGGUCAAAGGGUACAAACUUCUAGAUUAUUUGAUGAAUAACCUCUGGGGAUCUAAUGUACAGUAUGGUGAUUGCAGUUAAUAACUGUUGUGUACCUGAAAGUUGCUGUUAAGAGUAAAUCUUAAAAAUAGUAAUUAUGUGAUGUAGGUAUUCGUGGGCAUGCUAAGUCACUUCAGUCAUUUCCGACUCUUUGUGACUCUGUGGACUGUAACCCACCAGGCUCCUCUGUCCAUGGGAUCCUCCAGGCAAGAAUACUGGAGUGGGUUGCCAUGCCAUCUUCCAGGGUAUCUUCUCGACCCAGGGAUCGAACCUUCGUCUCUUGUCUCCAGCAUUGGCAGGCGAGUUCUUUAUUGCCACCUGGGAAGCCCAGGUGUGAGGUAUGGUGGUAAUCAUUUGCUUGUGUCUCAAGUCAAUACAUUGUACACCUUAAACUCACAUAAUGUAAUGUCAGUUAUAUCUCAAUAAAACAAACAAAAAAAUACCUGUAUAUGGCACCUACCAUGAACCAAGCAUAUGCUAGGCAUUUAUAUGUAUCUAAGUUAUUUUUCAUAAGAGUUCAGCAAGGUACUUGAUAGCCCCCUCCCCCCUUUUUAAAACAAAGGAAGAAUUAAGGUUAAAUAAAUUGCAACAUCUGCUUCCUACUGUCCUAAAGUCACAUUUCCGGGAGGCAGCAUUGUCAGGACUUCUUGCUGACAGCCAUCCUUGCUUGUUUGUCCAGAGAAGUGUAUGUAGAAGUUUCUCAUGACUGCUGUGACUGUCCUGUUACACAGCUCCCUAAGUAGCUCACCAUCUUGGAAGUUUCACCAAGGGAAUUCUUUGGUGGUCCAUGAGAGCAGGAACUCCCUUUCUGCCCUCCACUGUAUCCUAACACCUAGCACAAUGCCUUUCACUUACAUGGUGCUCAAUAAAUACAUAUUGAACAAAUGAAUAAAUAAGAAUGUUAAAAUUAGUCAAGGUUGAUAUUUUUUCCCUUAAUAGAAGAGUGAACUUAAUGAAUUGAGUUUAUGGGUAGUUUUGUUUUGCAAGCCUUCAAUCAUUUCCCCUUUUUACUUCCUUUCUUCAAAGUCGCAAGCUUGGCUGAUUCAUGUCAAUGUAUGACAAAGCCUACUGCAAUGUUGUGAAAUGGUUGGCCUCCAACUAAUAAAAAUAAAUGAAAA